AUUUAAGUUUCCAUCUCGCUUCGCCCCUUCCUCUCUGUUUAAACUUUAAAACCAUCAUAUCCUGCUUCGAAUUGGCAUCCUCCCGAUUGGCGCUUUUGAAAGACACCCAGCGACGUGAUUGCUUGGUUUUGAAAGCUUGCAGCCCCGCGGCCAAUUCGAAAAGAGUGCACCCAGCAGUAGUACUCUAGCUAGCUGACUGUAAUAGAGCCACACUCAUUUUCCAUUCAACAGUCGCGUUUCACAACGACAUGGCACAACCGGGAACAAUGGAGGAUUACGUGAAAAUAGAGAAAAUCGGAGAGGGUACCUAUGGGGUUGUGUACAAAGGCAGACACAAGUCGACAGGCCAGAUAGUGGCCAUGAAGAAGAUCCGACUGGAGAGUGAGGAGGAGGGAGUGCCAAGCACAGCUGUUAGAGAGAUCUCUCUGCUCAAAGAGCUAGCGCACCCUAAUGUUGUACGCCUUCUAGAUGUGCUGAUGCAGGAGUCCAGACUGUACCUCAUCUUUGAGUUCCUUUCCAUGGACCUGAAGAAAUACCUAGACUCUAUCCCCUCGGGCCAGUACAUGGACCCCAUGCUUGUGAAGAGCUAUCUGUACCAGAUCUUGGAGGGCAUCCUGUUUUGCCACUGUAGAAGGGUCCUCCACAGAGACCUGAAGCCCCAGAACCUGCUGAUUGACAACAAGGGAGUGAUCAAGCUGGCAGACUUUGGGUUGGCCAGGGCCUUCGGGGUGCCAGUCCGGGUAUAUACCCACGAGGUUGUAACACUGUGGUACAGGGCUCCCGAGGUUCUGCUGGGUGCCGCACGGUACUCCACCCCUGUGGAUGUCUGGAGUAUCGGGACCAUCUUUGCAGAGUUGGCCACAAAGAAACCACUUUUCCAUGGAGACUCAGAGAUUGACCAGCUCUUCAGGAUCUUCAGGGCCCUUGGUACUCCCAACAAUGACAUCUGGCCAGAGGUAGAAUCUCUGCCUGACUACGUGAACACGUUCCCCAAGUGGAAGUCAGGGAAUCUGUCCUCCAUGGUGAAAAACCUGGAUAAGAAUGGCAUUGAUCUGCUCGCUAAAACGCUGAUCUAUGACCCACCCAAGAGGAUCUCUGCUAGACAGGCUAUGAGCCAUCCAUACUUUGACGACCUGGACAAAACCACUCUACCUGCCAGCACGGUCACGAUGUAAAUGUCACAUGGCUCUACUCAAAGGACCUGAAAAAGAGUACAAUUAUGGAUGUAUAUUGAAUUUGAUUAUAUCUUUGUCCUUUCUUUGUUUGUCCUUUUUCUAUCUAAUAUGAAUAACUAUUCUGUAAAUAACUUAUGUAAAAAAACAAAAAGUUUGGAUCUAAAGUGACAGUAUAUUUUCAAUAAAGUGCACUUUUGCAGAACUGA